AUGACGCGAAAGCAAUGCCUCUCGUUAUUCGCCACUUUCCUGCUGGCUGUCGCUUCCACCUUUGCGACUUCGCCACUACGUGCGGAGUCUUCCCUGCGAGAAAUUACUGACGAAGUCCAGCGGAAGAUUGUCAAAAUCUACGGAGCCGGUGGACUACGCGGGCUCGAAUCGUAUCAAUCAGGCAGCCUCAUUUCAGACAAGGGACAUAUCCUCACCGCGUGGAGCUAUGUGCUCGACUCGAGCGUCAUCACGGUCGUCUUGGAUGAUGGCCGACGUUUUGUCGCCGAGCUUGCUGCGGCCGAUCCUCGCUUUGGAAUUGCCCUGCUGAAGAUCGAUGUCGAAGGCGUUCCGUUUUUCAAUCUCGACAAAGGCGUUUCGCCCCAAGCGGGUGAUCGGAUCCUUUCCUUUAGCAAUCUGUUCGGAAUCGCAGCCGGUGAUGAGCCUGCAAGUGUUUUAAGCGGGUAUGUCUCCGCGGUAACGCCGCUGGAAGCUCGUCGAAGCACGUUUCCUUCCGCCUAUCAAGGACCGGUCCUGAUUGUCGAUGCCAUCGUUAACAAUCCUGGUGCAGCCGGGGGAGCAUUAACCGAUCAACAUGGCCACUUCGCUGGUCUCAUCGGAAAAGAACUACGCAGCUCUCGAAACGAUAUCUGGUUGAACUACGCGAUACCUAUCGCUCAGCUCCGCGAACCCAUUGAGGACUUACUCGCAGGUCGCUCGCGCCCGAUCGUCGAUCCUGAGAAGGAGAAGCCUCUUUCACCACUGACACUCACGCACAUUGGUGUCGUUCUCGUGCCUGACGUGCUGGAUAAGACGCCACCCUACGUCGAACGUGUCGAGCGUGACUCAUUGGCCGAGGCCGCCAAGCUUCAACCGGAUGACUUGAUCCUUUACGCCGACGGAACCCUCAUAUCGUCGCAAAAGGCACUCGUAGAAAAAUUCAGCUACAUGGAUCGGGACGACGUCGUUUCCUUGACGGUCUUGCGUGACGGACAACUGGACGUGAACGUUGCCGAACAGGAUGCCAUUCAGGCUGCCGUUAAUCGCGUAGCGGCGAGUGUCGUGCAGAUUGAAACGGUAGGUGGCCUGCAGGAAGGAGGUGGCCCCCUAGAAGGUGCCAGCCGGACCACAGGGACCAUCGUUUCGCCGGAUGGCUGGAUCUUAUCGAGCUUGUUUGGCUUUAUCCAGGAGCCCUCUGGAAUUCUGGUCAUACUGCCGGAUGGUAAACGUGUUGCCGGAAAGUUGGUUGCCAAAGAUACCAGUCGCAAUUUGGCACUACUGAAAGUCGAAGCGAAUAAAGAGCUCGCCGUACCAGAUUCGGUCGAUCGAAGUGAGUUACGUCCCGGACAGUGGGCGAUCGCUCUUGGCAAGACUUUCUCCAAGGAAGUUCCUUCGGUCUCUGUCGGUAUUGUCAGCGCGACUCAUCGCGUUUGGGGAAAAGCGGUUCAAACCGAUGCCAAGAUCUCGCCCAACAAUUACGGUGGGCCGUUGGUCGAUAUUCAAGGGCGAGUUAUCGGAAUAUUGACUCCGCUUUCUCCGCAAGGAGCAGGUGCCACCGACGGCUUCGAGUGGUACGACUCCGGAAUCGGUUUCGCGGUUCCGCUCGCUGAAAUCGAGUCGCGUCUCGAAACCAUGCAAGAAGGCCAGGAUCUUCAACCUGGUUUGCUGGGAAUCAAUCUAAAAGGUAAAGAUAUCGUCGCGGAUGCGGCCGAGAUUGCUGCCGUUCGGUAUAACAGCCCCGCUCAAGUUGCCGGCAUUCAAGAGAAAGACAUUCUUAUUGGUGCCAACGGACGUCCUAUCGAGCGGCAAGCCCAGCUGAAACACAUUCUAGGGGAAGCGUACGCUGGUGACACCAUUGCCUUUCGUGUUAAACGUGGCGAAGAAGAACUCGACAUCAGCGUCACUCUCGCCGCCGAGUUGAUUCCCUAUGAACGACCCUACCUAGGCAUCUUGCUCGAUCGAAAUACGCCAGACAGCGCGGUCGUUCGUCAUACGCUGGAAGAAACCGCAGCGCACAAAGCCGAGAUUCAGCCAGGCGAUCAGAUCGUUAAGUAUGACGAUAUCGAGAUAGAGUCCCCGCAAUCCCUACGUUUGGCCGUGGCGACUGCUGAACCAGACGUACCUCAUAACAUUACGCUUCUUCGCGAAGGAGAAGAAAAGACGCUUGAAGUCAAUCCUGGCAGUCGAUCCAAUGCAUUCCUUCCAGAGGUUUCCCCGCAAGAUGCCUCGGAAGACGCGGAAGUGAUUGCUGGAAUUACCACCGGAGAAAGUGAUUUCCAGCUCGCCGAAGAACAGAACAAUGCCAAGCUGUUUGUUCCUGAGGUUGCCAAGAAGCUGCCAUCGCUGGGGCUUGUGGUUCUCUUAGGCGAUGCCGAAUUCAAGCUUGAACCGGCCCGUGAAGCCUGGCAGAAAUAUGCCGAGCAGUUUGGUUUUGCUGUGCUAGAGAUUUCGCCCGCUAGUGGAACGCGUUGGACGAAGCCUGAGACUUCGGUGGUUCGCAAGAUGAUCGAUCGCGUCCGCGACAAUUACACCAUCGAUGCGGCACGAACGGUUGCGAUCGGCGGCAAGUCAGGCGGAGCGAUGGCGCUGAUCCAUGGCUUUGAUAACCGAGACGUGCAAAAUGGUGCGGUUUCUAUCGAGGCAGGUAUUCCUCGGGGAGCCAACAUCCCUGACAAUGAACCUCUUGAACGGCUUGAAAUCGUCUUUCUUAGUCGUGAAUCAUCUGAAGGAGCCGCUCAACUGCAGCCACAGAUUGAGGCUCUGCAAAAGAUGAAAUUCACCGUCAUCACGGACGAAGUUUCUCGGAACGGCGACCAAUUGAGUCUUUCCGAUAGCGACAUUGAAAAGCUGUCGAACUGGGUGAAUACGCUCGACCGUAUCUAG